AUGGGCGUGUCUCUCGUGUUUAGUGCAAUCAGCGGCAAUGCGGUCACGGCUAUAGAUCGCCAAGCAUUUCACGGUCUCGGUUCUCUCGAAGUCCUCGUUUUGAGCAACAAUGCGAUCACGUCGCUGCCGUUUGGUUUGUUUUCUGGCCUUUCGUCUCUGACGCGUCUAUCUGUUGUGAUGAAUCAACUCUCUGAGUUGCCGGAUGCCAUCUUUUCUGACCUGACAAAACUAGAACGUUUAGACCUUCGCACGAACAACUUGCAAUUUCUCUCUGCUGGUGUACUUCAUGGUAUCCCGUAUACUUCAGUUAUAGAACUGAAGAGUAAUCCACUCAACUGCAGUUGUUCAUUUUUACACAUACUCAACUACACGUUAGGAAACAAUGCAUUGUGCUACUAUCCUUGGCAAAGACGACAGCAGAAAUUGGCGGACCUCAACGAGACAGAACUCUGCACGGUUUAUCCUCCAACUACCCAACCACCUCAAGUAGUCACGAUACCAACGAGAACAGCUACAAUGUUGAAUACGACAACACAGUCUUCAGGGCCUACAACACCUGCAGAUAGGCUACGCACGUCUUCAAUAUCUACAAGUGAUCGUGUCACGUCGCCUUCGCUCCCAUCUCUACACAGCACGACAACUCCAUCUCAACAACAUCAUGUGACCACCUCUUCUGAUACUACACAUGAUGACGUCACUAGCAGUCCGGUCACAAGAGAGCAGAAUCAUACACAUUCGAGUGUAAUUUCUACGUCAUCUCCAGUCACUAAAAAGGAUAAGACUCUGACAGAGAACUCCAAUCCGGCCACAAUUGAUUCCACUGUCAAGUCGACGUCUGAUGUGACUGUCAAGUCCCACUCUGAUGUGGCAAUUGCAACAGUGUCGACUGUUGGGUUGGUAGACUAUUAUCGUGACACACUCACCAACCUUUCAACGCAAACUAUCAGUUCAGCCAAUGCUGCUUCAGUUGUUAGCGAGAUUGUUGACUUGGUGUCGAAUCCAAGCUGGCUGAAUUCGAACGAUGUUGACGAGGUUACUACUCUCUUGGAGCGAGCAUUGAGUCUGUCAACAAGUCCAGCGCUGCUGGACAACAUUGUUGCUGUAACAAAUCAUUUGAUGGAUUUGGAGCUGCCGGUGUUGCAAGACACACAUCGUGACAGCAAGGCAUCAUCUCGGUAA